AGUGUCACGAGCCGUGCAAGAUGUCUCACAAACGCUGCAAAGUACUGGCAAAUAAGACGAACGAAAGGGUCUUUAAACAUUAUUAUGAGCUGUGAUUACUAUGUGAACCGACAGAAUUGUAGAGCUAAUGCGGCCUUGACGUUCUCGCUCUGCUGCAUGCACAAUAGACAAUAGAUAUACCAUCGUCACAUGGCCGCCACGUCCGAGCCCCACAUUCAACAUGGCCGCCGUGAAGGCACGGGAGGAUCUAGUUUUAUGGCAUAUCUGUGACCUGGAAAUACAGCAACAUGGGCCGUCGAAGCAGCACUUCAAUCUACCAGAGUACUCCAGUGGUGGCAAUCUUCCUUGCAGCUUUAUUCCUCAGCAACAUCUUGAUCUACCUGUAUUUGGACUCUGUGUAUCAGUCAGAUGGACAACCAGUCACCACUCAUAAUGGAUGUGUGGCUCAAUACUUUAAAAUGCCAACCAUGAAGAACUGCACAGCGUGGCUUCAAUGUCCCCUGAUAGAAGCGGACGUUCGCAAGCUGAAGCUCGUCGGCCAGGGGGCAGUGAAGAAGGUCUACUUGGCUGAAUGGAAGGGUCAAAAGGUGGCUGUGUCCAAACUGUCCUCUCUGGAUUACUCUCAGGAUUUUCUCCACGGAUUGUCCAUGGUAAAGGCACUGCAGGGUCCCCUGGUGGUACAGUUGGUGGGGUUUUGCCUUGAAGACCACACCAUGGUCACAGAGUACCAUCCACUGGGCUCGCUUCGCAAUUUGAACGCAGUUCUGGCACAGGAGCAGCAAAAGCAUCGCGACACUUGGCAGACGCGGCUGAUGUUGGCGAUGGACUACGUCUCUAUCCUCCAUUACCUCCACAACAGCCCAGCUGGGCGGAGGGUGAUGUGUGAUUCUAACACCUUGGAGAAAACCCUCUCCCAGUUUCUGCUCACCAAUGACUUUCACCUUGUGGUGAAUGACCUGGAUGCACUGCCUGAGGUAGACAUGUCCAGGGGCUUGUUGGUGAAAUGUGGCCACCGGGAGCUCAGCGGUGACUUUGUUGCACCGGAGCAGCUGUGGCCAUUCACUAACAUAGGGAAGCCUUUUUCAGAUGAGCUCAUGCACGAGUAUGAUGAAAGGACAGACAUCUGGAAGAUCCCAGAUGUGGCGCAAUUCUUGAUAGGAAGAGUGAGUGGAGGAGAUUUAAUCCACUUCCAUCUUUUUCAGAUUCAUAAGGAAUGUAAGGCAGAAGACCCUAAACUGCGCCCAUCAGCCCUGGAUGUGUUAAUGGCUUACAAGGCAGUUUACAGCAAUAUGGCCCGAAACAAUGCUGGCUUCGGAGAAAGGCUUUAAUAUUCGAAGGAUUCUAAGGAAAGCGCAGAAAGUCCAUACAAGACCCCCCCCCCCCCCCCCCACCAAAAAAAAAAAAAUACAAACUGUGAAAAAUCCUUUCUCUAUUGGUAGAAGAAAAUCAGCCAAUCAAAACGAGUUGCUGUAGCAGGAAAGUGAAGGAAACCGUUCUGAGAAUGUGGGAGUGAGCGUUUGAGGAACAGCGAUAGCGACAGCGACAGCGGGAGAGUCUGAAUCGGAGAGUGACGAUUUCUAUGAUGAAGCGGCCUAAAAGCUACCAAAGGCAGACUUGCAAUUCAAAUGCUGCACAAUCGGAGAAGGGACACACUAUGGAAGUGUCAAUCCUGUGAUGUGACCCUCUGAUGGACGGGAACUGAUUUUUGGAGUGGCUGUGUAAAAGCACGUGAGGAAUUGCCUGCAUUUUACUGUCAAUAGUUGUGUAUAAUUUUGUUGUUUACUAAAUGUUACCUAAGAUUUUGAAAUGUCCUAAUUAUAUUUGAAUUGUAUGUUAUUAAAAAAAAUUAAUAAUAAAUAAAUAAAUAAAAUGCUUCGUUCAACAUGUGUGUGGUUUUCACAAUUAUUAAAAAUGUCACUUUUUUCCUAUUCGGACUUUGUU